AUGGAAGGUCCAAUUUCAGACCUAACUCGAAAUAAGUUUAAGUUACUGAGUGGUACUGAGCAAACAUCCUCAAAGGCGUUUAUAGUGCCAUUUCCUGAGAAGGGAACAAUCUAUGAUUAUCAGUUUAUCCUGGAGGGCUUAGGAAGAUGGGAUAAAUGGAUAAAGAAGUUGGCAGAUACUCCUCCAAUUCCCAAAGAUGUACAGUUUAUUGAGAUCAUUGUGCCAACUCUCGACACAAUCCGUUACUCUGCUCUAAUGCAUUUACUGACCACUCAUCAAAAGCCUUCAAUAUUUGUAGGACCAACAGGAACUGGAAAGAGUGUUUAUAUCAUUAAUUUUCUUUUAAAUCAACUCAAUAAGGACAUCUACAAACCUCUUAUAGUUAACUUCUCAGCCCAAACUACAGCAGCCCAAACUCAGAAUAUCAUCAUGUCAAAACUGGACAAAAGAAGAAAAGGAGUUUUUGGCCCUCCUUUAGGCAAGAGAAUGGUGGUGGCCGAAAUCCAAUAA